CAGGCGCGAAAAUCGUGACGGAGCGGGAAAAAAGGAAGGGAUAUUGUGAUUUGGUGUAAGUUGCUGUCGUUGGAUUUUUGUCUGAUUUCUAGUUGUAUUUACCCAUCUUUUCCCCUAAAUUAUACCCUCAAUGAGGAAUAAAGAUGAUAAAGAUAAGAAAAGGCGCCAAAAGAAGUUGGUUAAUGUUAUUUCAAACCUGGCAAAAAAACGAUGGGGUGAAAGCCAUGAAAAUGUAGUUGUUGAGGAUGAAGAAAAUGUUCCAGCUAAUGUUAUAGACCUGGAGGCUGAUAAUAAUGGUGUUGAUGUGUUUGAUGAACCUCUAUCAUCUAGGAGAUCAAAAAGAAAGCCAGAGAAGACUUCUAAAGUAACCUCAGAGCAGCUCACAAUUGAUUUGUCCAACCACGAAGAAAAUAUUGUUAAAUCUUCUUCAUCAGAUGAUGAAUUUGAAGAUUCACCUGAAGAGGUGGACAAUCAAAUUGAAGAUAAAUUAAAACAGAAAGGCAACCCCAAUGCAAAUAAUUCAAAGGAAAAUAAUGAUAUGCCACCUCUCAAAGUUAAAUGUACUGCUUGUAAUGAAAAGGUCUUUAUUAAGGGUGGAAAAUUCUGCCGACAUCCAGAUCUCAACACUGUAAUAUGCAAGAAAUGCUACAAAUUCUACAGCAGUGGCAAAUUUACUAAAGAUGAAUAUGGUGUUGAAGAGUUCUGUCGUUGGUGUGCUGAUGGCGGUGAACUUAUAUGCUGUGACUUCUGCGAGAAAGCGUUUUGCAAGAAAUGCAUUAGCAGAAACGUAGGAAGAAACAAGUUAGUGAAAUUGCUCAAAGCUGAUGAAAGCGAAAAGUGGAGUUGUUUCUGUUGUGAUCCAACGCCUAUAUCAGAACUUGUUGAAUUGUGUGACGAAGCUAUGCGUGUGCUUGAUAAGAAAAAAGCUCAAACUAGCCCUUACAAAGUUACGAAAGGUAGAGGAUUCAUAAAUGCCCCAAGCAUAAGCGAGAGACGAAAUAUUUUGACAACCUUGUUGCCUAGAAAUGCUGUAACAAGUAAGGUAGACAGUAAUUCAACGAAGAAAGACUCCAAGAACUUUGACAAGGAAAUUAGUCCUUCAAAGGAAACUAUCAACACAAAGAAAGAGCAAAGCGACGACAUGGUCGUAAAAAAGGAGUUAGAAGAUGAUGGAAAUAAAACGAUUGUUUUGACUGUCGAAUCUACUAGCGAGGAUGAUCGGCAAGUUUCAGAUCAAGAUGUAAAGAAUGAUGAAGCAAAAACGACAGUUAAGGAUGGCGAAAAUGCAGAAACAGAUAGCGACGGACCUCCAAAAAAAAGAGGAAACAAGAAAAAGAAACCUGAUGAUCAUGUAGAUAGCAGCUCUGGGGAAGAGCUAAGUCAUUCAAAGAAGAAUAAUCGUGGUAAUAAGGGGAAAAGAAAGUCUAAAUCGGCCAGGAAGGGAUUCGAUAGUGAUUCUGAAGACGAUCCUGUGUCAUUAAGCUGCAAAAAAAAGGGAAAACGUAAUAGAAGGGCAAGGACAUCUUCAAAUGACGUUACAAAUGAAGUUACAGAUGAAGAUGAGACCACAGAGUCUAGUGAAAGCGAUACCAGUGAAGCCAGUGUUAAAAGAAAGAAGACGAGAGGCGAAAAGAGAAUGAGGCAGUUGUCUCAAAGUACAGACACUGAAAGCGAAAGUGAUGUGGUGAGUUCUCCAAAGAAUCGAUUGAAGAAGAAAAAUGUAAAAGGCAAGAUAAAGGGAAAAUGGCGUCUAAGAGGAAAGCACAGUGACAGCAGUUGUAGUGAUUUUGAUUUUGAGGACGCAAGAAAAAAGAAAUCUAGGAAAAAGGUGGAUAAAAAGAAAAAAAGUAAAAUUAAGCGCAAACGAAAGAUUGAUGAUAACGAUGAUGACGAAAGUGAUGAAGAAAAUGUCUCUCCAUCGAAAAAAGGAAGAAGGAAAAUUCGAAAGAUUUUAGAUGAUGAGAAGUUGGCUGAAGCUACUCGACAUGCUCGUCAGUUGGAGGAAGAAAGAAGACAGCGACUUUUGGAGAAGACGAAGAACACAGAGUUCCAAAAACCGCAAACUUUUCAUGUCAAAGAGCUAGUCUUGGAAUACGAACCCGAUGGGAAAACACCUCUGGUAGAAGUUCAACAGGAUUUAAUUGAGCAUCUUAAGCCGCAUCAGGUUGAAGGCGUGAAGUUUAUGUAUGAUUGCACGGUGGAAUCCGUUGAACGAUGGAAGAAGAACGAGGAGGGAGGAGGAUGUAUUCUGGCUCAUGUUAUGGGACUUGGAAAGACAUUACAGGUGGUAACAUUGGUCCAUACUUUGUACCGAAGUAAUCUUAUCCAACUACGACGUGUAUUAGUCGUCUGCCCUCUCAACACCGUGUUGAAUUGGCAAGUGGAGUUUGAAAAAUGGCUCAGUGUUGAUGACAGAUUGGAUGUUUUUGUACUUAAUGAAGUGAAGUCAGGCAACUGGGACCGUGCCGACAUGUUGAAUAACUGGAUGAAACAUGGUGGUAUUCUAAUCAUGGGAUAUCACAUGUACCGCAGCUUAUCGCAAUGUGCUCGAAUCAAGAGUAAACAUCAAAAGAAAAUUUAUCAAGAGAGUCUUGUUGAUCCAGGUCCAGAAUUAGUCGUUUGUGAUGAAGGCCAUGUUCUUCGUAACUACAAGACUGCUCUAUCCAUAUCUAUGAAUAAAAUAAAAACCAAGCGAAGGAUUGUCCUCACAGGAACACCACUCCAGAACAACUUAGUGGAAUAUCAUUGUAUGGCUAGUUUUGUCAAACCAAAUCUGCUGGGUACGCUGAAGGAAUUUUCCAACAGUUUCAUACGUCCGAUUGAAAAUGGCCAGUGUGCUGAUUCCACUGUGGCAGAUGUACAGUUGAUGAAAAGAAGAUGUCAUGUUCUUCAUAAAAUGUUGGAAGGCUGCAUUCAGAGAAAGGAUUAUUCCGAAAUCCAGAGAUUUCUUCCACCAAAGUUUGAAUAUGUAAUCAAAAUCAGACUGGCAGAAAAGCAACGUGAAAUGUAUAAGUAUUACCUGGAAACAUUUCUUAGUACCGAGGAAGGAGUUAAAGGAAGAGGUGGGUCAUUGUUCGCAGACUACCAAGCAUUAAUGCGCAUUUGGACUCAUCCUUGGUCUCUAAAACUUGAAACAGAGUUCAGAAGAACUGAGAAUUUUGUCGAUACAGAUACAGAUGGUAGUUUAAAGGAUUUCAUUGAUGAUGAUGAAAGUGCAAUGUCCAGUGAAGAAAUGUCCUGGACAUCAGAUAAUAACAGCAGUGAUAACGACAACGGUGAAGAAAGCCAGGAAAAGAAGAAUCGAAAGAGCGUUUCUGAAGAGAAGGAGGAAAACAACGGUGAUGAACAAACGACGCCCAGUAAAGGUAAACAAAGAGCUGAAAAACAAUCAGAUAGGAAAGAGACCGAGAAGAAGAUUAAAAUCGAGCCUAGCGGACCGUCAACUUCGAAAGAUUCUCUUGUCGACAACGAUGAUGAUGUUAUAGAAGUAAAACCUCCUGUGAAUGAGAAAGCUAACUCUGGUAAGAAAGUCAUGGUUUCGUCAACAUUACGGUCUGGUUUUGAGUUUAAAGAAGCGGCAGAAAUGAAUGAGGUACAGGAAGAGGAAGUAGAAAUAGAACAAGAAUGGUACGAUCAAUUUCUUACUGAAGAAGAUGAAACGAAUGUUGAACUCGGUAGUAAGAUUGUGUUGUUGUUGGAGAUUCUCGCUGAUGCUGCAGCUUUAGAAGAGAAGGUAAUAGUGUUCAGUCAUAGCUUGAUCUCUUUGGAUGUAAUUGAAAUGGCGCUUGGCGGUGGAGAAAUUGGUGGUAAUACGGAAGACUGGUGUCGUGGGUGUGACUACUUCCGUAUGGAUGGGAGUACAACUGCACAAAUGAGGAAACGAUGGGCCGAUAUAUUUAAUGAUGAAGAAAAUAAAGAAGCUCGUUUAUUUCUGAUUUCAACAAAAGCCGGGGGACUUGGUAUAAAUAUGGUUGGUGCAAGUCGUGUUAUUGUGUUUGAUGUAUCAUGGAAUCCGUCUCAUGACGUUCAGUCCAUCUUCAGAGCCUACAGGUUUGGUCAGAACAAACCGGUCUUCGUAUACAGAUUUAUUUCUCAGGGUACUAUGGAGGAAAAAAUUUAUGAUAGACAGGUGACUAAACUAUCAAUGUCUCAACGUGUGGUUGAUGAGCGUCAAAUCCAACGUCAUUUCAAUGCCACUGAUCUAGCAGAGCUUUACCGCUUUGAGCCAGAUGUGUUAAAAAAUGAAAACGAAGAAAGACCAACACCUGCAGUUCCUAAGGACGCGGUUUUGGCAGAACUAAUAAAUCGCCUUUAUCCAAAAUGGAUCGUGAAGUACCACGAACAUGAUUCACUAUUGCAAAACAGACCAGAGGAGGAGUUGACAGAAGCUGAGCGAAAGGAAGCGUGGGAUCAGUGGGAACUAGAAAAACAAGGAAUACUCAAUCCACCGCAACUUAGAGUUGAACAAGUGCCACAAAUGGCGAAUGGCUCGAAUAUAAGGCCUAAUAUUGUUUUUAUUGACGCCACCACUCGCAAUCCAAAUGUCCGGCCUUCAUAUGUCUCCGUACCACCGCGUCCAAAUGCUCCAACUUUUAUUGGACAAAAUUUCCAACAAAUAUUUUUAGAGGAACAGCGGCGGCGUUUGUUUGAAAUGGAUAAACGUCGAAGGGAGGAACAACAGCGUCUGGCGCGAGAUUCGCUUCUCCGUUUACAACAACAGGAACAGCAACGACAGCGACUGUUGGAAGAACAGAAGCGUGUCGAAGAGGAAAAGAAACAAGUCGAACAACAGUUAAGACAACAAGCUGAAAAACGACAACGUGAACAACAACAACGUGAACAACAACAACGUGAACAACAACGGCGAUUUCGUGAACAACAACAACGUGAACAACAACAACGUGAACAACAACAACGUGAACAACAACAACGUGAACAACAACAACGUGAACAACAACGUCAACGACGAUUUCGUGAACAACAACAACAACAGGAAGAACAAAAGCGACGACAAGAGCAGCAACAACAGCAACAAAUGGGUCAACAGUUUUUGCAACAACUGUUACGAAAUCGGAAUGCUUACGUUUCGCGGCAAACGCGAGCAGGCCAAUCUAAUCAAUCCGUUUUCCAGGUUGUUGUAGAUAAUAAUGUCAACAAUAAUCCUACCCGACGUUCACAGCGUUCACAGCGUUCACCUCCAAGAAUCAUUGAACUUCCUCCAGACGCCUAGCUGCCUAAUUAAGGCAUCUGCCCUGUAUAGGAGUAUCAUCGCAGUAAAAACGUCUUUGUUAAGGAUUUAUUGAUCAAAGGGACAAUGAUUGCAAUGCCACACAACAAGUUGUUUCUUGUGUCUCAGUUAAAACCCAUGCAUUUAUUGUACAAUAAUGCUAUAGGUGGCUUUCGUAAAAAAAUCUUCAAGUGAAUAGACCCUUUGCAUUAUAGACUACUUUUUCAAAAUGCAAAAAUUCACCACAGCCUGAACGAGCGUACUAAAAUUAGUAAAAGUAUAAAAAUAUCUGCUAAAAGCCUUCUGAAGUUUGCAAAUUUGUGUACUCAAUCAUGCGGAAAAUGGUAACAAAAGUCAAAAGUAUACAAUCCAUCGUAAUUAUCGCUGCUCUGGUUUUCUUUAACUUUCUUAGCGAUAAUUACGAUGGAUUAUAUACCUGGUUGCCGUGAACUCAUUAACUUCAAUUCGAAAAGUAUACAAACUUUGCCAAGCUAUGUUUUCCGCACUUUACAACAUUUCGCAACCAAACUUUUAUUUAUUAAGAUUACUAAGAUUAAUAUUUAUUUUUUAUUUAUUAAGAUUAAUAUUCUCUGUACGCUCGUUUCAGCCUUGGUGAUUUGAUUGCAUUUUAGUGCAUUGAUUAAAUUUGUGAUUCAAUUUAAAAGGUAGUCUAUAGUCUAUAAUUGAAAAGGUCUAUUAGUACGGAGCUUCAAAACCAUCUACAACGCUCUCAACAUUAUUCUGACAUAUUCCGUGAGGAUUUGAGCUUAAUAAAUCUUAAUAUGCAUUGCAAAUAAUUAUUCUACCAAAGUUAAGUUAUUUUAUCUUGAUGCAUGUAUAGAUUGUAAUGAAAAUGGGAAGGGUUGGUUUAACAUACAAAUAUGAUGUAGCCUAGCUUUUUGUACUCUAUAUGGUAUUAUUGUUUAUAUAUAUACGGAAUUGUUUUGUUUCAUAAAUUAACAGUACAGUUAUAUUUAAAUAA